AAACCUAUGUUGUUAUGUUUUACAGAAUUUGUUGUUUUCCUAAUGAAUGAAAUAUAUUAUGAGCAAUCGAACAACAAUGAAAAGUUCUACAUCUGUUUGUGUUGUACUUGUGUCCAUUGUGGCUUGCGCUGCAGCAGCUCGAACAAAUCAAGACAUCAAAGAGAUUGCGCAAUCUGAGAUCAGCAAGAACCAAAACUCGGCAAAGCAAGCACGAAUGAGCUGUGCAGUUAAUCAAUACUAUCUAGCUUCCAUGUGUCAUCCAUGUAUAGAUAUUUGUGAACAUAUUUCAACACAAAAGGAAUGCAAGGAACAUUGCUUGGCCAUGUACAUGGUAAAGUGGGAGCUGGGCAAACCUCUGGGUCAAAUUAAGCAGAAUUCGAUGCAAAUUGUAAAGUUAAACGAAAGUGUGGUGACCAAUGAUCAAGUGGAGGAAAUAACAUCAAACCAACAAACUGAAAUUCAACUUUUAAAGCAACAGCUGAAAAAGAAUGAAGAAAAAUUGGAGGAACUCUAUUCCUCAAAAGACAUUUGUUUGGGCCUGGUUAUUGCUUCGCUGGCCCUAAUAUCCAUUCUACUGCUCUGCUUGUUUUCUAUAAUGUGCUGCUGUAAGGACAAAAUACUCUCCCUAAUUGGAGCAGCAUCCCGUAGGAACACAUACAAUGAUGUUGAGGGUGUUCCACUGAACAGAAGACGAGACACGGUGGCUUCCUACAGGAUAACACCAACCGAGGGUUUAUUGAAGCCAAACAAUAUUCAACCUGUCCAAGAUGAAUCUAAUGAGACCAGAAUAUCAAGCCCGCGUUAAACUAAAUCUACAAACCACCCAGCGAUUGGUAAAAUAGGCACAAUGCUAAUAUGUCGGUAACUGCUAAAAGAAGGGGAGAAAUGCCAUGUUUAUGCGCAUAAAAGGACGGCUGCUGCUUGUACAAUGAUCUACUUGGACAGUUUUUGUGUAAUUAAUUUAGGUAGAUAUUUGUAAAAAUUGUUUGUUUUUUCAUAUAUUUGUAAAAAAUGUUGCCUUUUUUUAUUAUUUUGUGUACAUAAUUGUAUUUUUUUUAUUAUUUUAGGUAAAAUGAAUAAAUAAAAAUUGAAUGUGUCAUAUUAUAAUUCAUCUAUUCUCUAAGGAAGAGAGAGAGAAAUAUUUUAUACAUUAUGUCAUAUAGGGUAUUGUUACUUAAACUAUAAUGACAGCAGUAAGCAAAAUAUUACCGAAGGCUGUUCAUUAUAUUAUGUGUAUUAUAUAAAAAAAUGAAACACGCAAGCGGUGAUAAAAUUAGAACAACUUUAAUCAAACGAACAAGCUACUAACCAAACAAGUAAAUAAAGAAAAACAAACAAAAGCUUGUUCUAAAAAGGAACAUGUUGCAGCGACAUGCUUUAAACUACUUUGUAUUUGGUAAUUAUUAAAAUAUGACAAAAAUAUUCUUAUGCAAAGUGUCAACCAAAAAACAUAACUUGAAUCAAAUUGUUCUCUAAUCAAAUGGAAAAAGUGAAAUAUGGGAAGUUUUAUCGAAACUUAAAAACAAAUAAAGAUAGCUUAUCAACACGCAAUGCAUCAGUUGCUUUGGUGAAAUGGGGACACAAUGUUAAAUGAGGUGUGGAACAAAUUUUACCGAGCGUAACAAACAUAAAGAAACAAUUUAGUCAAAGCACAGCGCAAUAUUAGUACGUUAUAUUAGUGUAUACCAGGGGAAUACCCAGGUAAUGGCCAUGUGAAAAAUAUAAGUUGAUUACCAAUGUGGUGAAAUCUGUUAUUUAACUAAUGAUGCAAAGCAAUGUUUGUUUAAAUAAAACCCUAUUUGUACGGGUACGGGGACCAUACACAGUAUGAACUAUUGCUUGACACAUGUAUACUCUCGGUGUAUGACGUCAUUGUGUUUGAUUUGUUUGUAUCUCACAACGUUCACAAGGCAUUGAUGCUUGCCCGUUGCAUAGAAUGUACUUUUGGAAAUUGGCCAUAACUUUACUCUUAAUUUAAGUUUAAUAUUUAAACCUCACAAAUCAAAGGUUAGAAAACAACGGUUACAUAUAUAGGGAUUGUGCAACAUGUGGCGCAACAUGUUGUUGAAACACGCCAUGUUGAACAAACAGAAGGCGUCGGAAAGACCGGGGAAAAACACAGGGGUUUGUAGUUCGUAACACUCUCUAACUGACACUCAAAAGUUACUUUGAUUUUAUAAUUGGAAAUUGGACUAUACAAUGUUUGUUAUUAAAUAUUACACCACCUUGAAUAAACAACACAAGUAACUAACUUAACAACUAAAUAUAGGCAUUAUGUCAUUAGUAUCCCAACACAGGACCUCACCCAUAUUAAACA